CGACAGGAGGAUGGGUUUACUAACCGGGGUUCUCCUUGGAGCUGGGGCUGCAGCCAUCGGUGCCCCGCUCGUGCUGAGUGCCAUGGGGUUCACGGCUGCCGGCAUUGCUGCAGGAUCGCUGGCAGCCAAGAUGAUGUCAGCUGCAGCCAUCGCCAACGGGGGUGGUGUGGCCGCCGGAAGCAUCGUUGCCCUCGGGCAAUCCGCUGGGAUGGCAGGCCUUGGUGUCGCUACCAAAGCUGCGAUAACUGCCACUGGUGCAGUGGUGGGGCUUCUGGUGUAAGAAAUAUCUGCAAAGGAGUUCACGAUGUCAUUUAGAAGAGCAGACCUUAAAUACAUAUCUGUGAACUAAGAAGCUUAUUUGCUAAUCAAUAACCAAUUUAUCUCAAUC